AUGGGUUACGGUAAGAGAAAGGGUACCAAGGACGCUCGUAUGUCCGCUCAAGUUUUGUGGAUGAGAAGAUUGAGAGUCUUAAGAAGAUUAUUGGCUAAGUACAGAGACGCCGGUAAGAUUGACAAGCACUUGUACCACACCUUAUAUAAAUCUGCCAAGGGUAACUCUUUCAAGCACAAGAGAUCUUUAGUCGAACACAUCAUUCAAGCCAAGGCCGAAGCUUUACGUGAAAAAUCAUUGAAGGACGAAGCUGAAGCUAGAAGAUCUAGAAACAGAGCUGCUCGUGAAAGAAGACAACAAAGAGUCAACGAAAAGAGAGAAGCUUUAUUAAAUUAA